AUGCCCACAGAGAUACUAUACGCCUUGACUCCUGAGCAGCUCGAGGCCUACCAGAUUUUGUUCAGAAUCGAAGAGAUAUCUCAGAAGCUACGCAAGACCAACGAGUUUCUCAAGCCUCCUCCCACCAGAGAGGUAUCUCCUCCUCCCAAGUACGAUGCCUCCGGCAAGAGAAUCAACACCAGAGAGUACAGGUACAGAAAGAGAUUGGAGAACGAACGAUACUUCCUUGUAGACAUUGCCAUCAACUCCAUACCUGGCUUCAAGCCACCCAUCGACUUCAAAAAGAAAUCAAAGAUCAUCAAAAAACUAUUCAUUCCCAAAAACCACUAUGAUAUAAACUUCAUUGGUCUUUUGCUAGGCCCCAGAGGUAACACCUUGAAGAAAAACGAAGAACUAUCCGGCGCUAGAAUUGCAAUAAGAGGCAAAGGUUCUGUCAAAGAAGGCAAAAACAGAUCAACCAUCAACGAAAAGCAAAACAACUUGGAUGAGGACCUACAUGUUCUAAUAACCGGCGACAAUAACGACACUGUCGACAAAGCUAUUUCCCUAUGCCAAAAUAUCAUAAAUAAAGCCAUUUCCACUCCAGAGGGCCAGAAUGACUUUAAAAAAGGCCAAUUGAGAGAGUUGGCUGCUUUAAAUGGUACUCUAAGAGAACCAGAAAACAGACCUUGUGCUAUGUGUGGUGAAACUGGCCAUAAAAGAUAUGAAUGUCCAAAUUCUAAAAACUUUGUCAACUCAAUCUUCUGCUCAAUUUGUAAAAGAAAAGGUCAUCUUGAAAGAGAUUGUAAA